ACAGUUCCUUAUUAACACUACACUAUAAAAAUGACACUGGUGCUACUGUCAAAUCCUCUUCCUCCAGAAGUGGCGACAUGCACAUCAUCAGCAUGCUUCUUUUACCGGUGCUGGUCCUGCUCUCUGCUGUCGUCCGCGGUGUCUCGGCGGUGGAAUCCGCUCCCACCUUUGAGCACCGAGACCCGAUCACCCGGGAAACCCUCAUCUGUGACAAGUGUCCACCCGGUACGCAUAUGGCCGCGUACUGCACGGGCACCACGCCCACCGUGUGCGCGCCGUGCAGAAACCAGCACUACACCGAGUUGUGGAACUACCUGCCCAAGUGUCUGUACUGCCACAACUUCUGCACUGAGAACCAGGAGGUGGAGACGGAGUGCGGAGCGACCAAUAACAGGGUCUGUCGGUGCAAACAGGGCUUCUUCAUGACCUCUGGCUUCUGCAUGAGACAUUCAGAGUGCGGGCCCGGACACGGUGUUCAAACCAACGGUACGUCACAGAUGAACACCGUUUGUGAAAAGUGUUCCGAGGGCUACUUCUCCACCUCAUCUUCUGCGCUGGAGUCGUGCGUAAAACACCAGGAAUGCGUAGGCGGACAGAUUGCGCUUCUUCCCGGCUCAGUUAACCACGACACGAUGUGUGGCUCCUGCGAGGAUCUUGCAAAUGGAGGUGAGACACUCAGGACAUUCCUCUCAGGAUUCUUCAGUGUGCACAGGAUGCGUGUGCCGAAAAUGAAGAAUUUUGUUGCCAGGUACGUUCAUACGUCAGAAGAGGCUCUCCCCAACCACCGAGGACCUCUCAUGGAUCAAAUCCGAGCGUGGCUGGCCCAGGCUCCAGAGGAGGAGCUGAAGAAACUGCCACAGAUGCUGAAGGCUUCACAGCUCUGCUCCAUGCACGAAAAACUAGAGAAGAUAGUCAGUGACAUAAAGCAGCAUAGCCCAAACUGUAGCUUACAAUUCUUAGAUGUUCAGAUGUAGACUGUCGGUGGUACACACAGUAUAGGAUAACAGAUACCUCUUUCUCAUUUUUUGGCAUUUCUGCCCAUUUGAAAACAAGUAUUUGAACAUAUUUUUAUUUGCAUGUCAAUUGAGAGUGCAUGCAUUGUUGAUCUAGUGAUGUUUUUUUUAGAUGUUUGUGUAUCUUAAACCCAGGCCAGACUAUUUACUUCAUAUUUAUAAGAAGGAAAACGUGAGUAAAGUGUGUCAAGUAGUACAUAGAAACUUAUGUUUGAACGUGAGCUUUAACUAAAAUAAAUGUUCUGUAAUAUUGUGUGAUAUCAAAUUGUGUCACGUGCAGCAGCUAAAUAAAGUUAACCGCUAUGCAAAA